ACACAAUAUGGAUGUACUGUUGAUGUCAUGCGCUGUCAAUGUUUGCCGCAAUCGACACACUAUUACAACAAUAUUAGAGAUUUCAUACAAUAUUUGAUGCAUUGUUUUGAAUUGCAUUUCAAACCAAUCGCCGAAACGGUUGGACAUUAACUACGGGAUAACACAACUCGUUGAUUGACCGAAAAUGUUGAUUAAAGUUAAGACUCUGACCGGCAAAGAGAUUGAGAUCGACAUCGAACCGACCGAUAAAGUGGAGAGGAUUAAGGAAAGGGUUGAAGAAAAAGAAGGCAUUCCUCCGGCACAACAAAGACUCAUCUUUUCAGGCAAACAAAUGAACGAUGACAAGACUGCCGCUGAUUAUAAAGUGACCGGUGGUUCGGUACUGCAUCUCGUUUUAGCCCUGAGAGGUGGCCAUCGUGUCAACCAUUGAUAGGAUUGUUAUCUUUAAAUUAAUCGUUUAUUACUACUAAUCCUUAAAUCUGUCUCAUAUUGUCAUUAAUUUUGAUAUUAAAGUGAUAAUAACUUAAUGUGUUUUAAGAAAUAAUUUUAUAAAUUAUUUCAUAUUUUGAGAAUUAAUAAUUUAUAAUAUGGUAUAU